AAACAACUGUAUUCAGCUUUAACCAGUCAGAAUAAGAGUCGUGUCAGUAUGGUGCAAUUCCACCUGCCAGGCAGUACACAGCAACACAUGGAGGAACAUCGCAUCAUAUUUGUGGUAGACCUUGGUUGCGAAAAUAUAUCGGAUCAUUUAAACAUGAACAACACCAAGAGCUAUUUCCGAUCGCCGUUCCGAUGGAUGCUGCUGAUGAGACCUGACAACGAAUCAGCAACACAUUCCUUAAUACCUGAAGAUGUAGAGGAUAUCGACAUGUUACCUGAUUCAGAGGUGAUGGUCGCACGACCCCUUCGAAACAAUUCGUAUUAUCUACAUUUUAUCUACAAAAUAGGACGUGCAAAGCCGUGGCGAACAGAAUUCUACGGCAUAUGGGACCUACAAUACAGAUUCCAAAUCUCAAGUCGAUUUACCAAGGCAAUAGGACUACGAAGAAUGAAUUUGGAUCGUCAUGUGAUCCCAACCACAGUCGUACUCUUAGAACCAGAUAGCAUGAACCAUUUGAUUGAUGGCAUAGAUGACCACAUAGACUCUAUUUCGAAGGUGACUUUCCAGACAGCGAAUUUUUUACUGGAAAUCCUUAACGCGGACAAAAAAUAUAUAUUUACGAGUACUUUCGGGUAUUAUUUGAAUGGCAGCUGGAACGGUCAAACUGGAUAUCUAGACAGGAACGAAGCUGAACUCGGAGGCUCCCCAAUGUUCAUCACACAGGAACGGCUUAUGGUGGUAGACUACAUAUCGAGCCCUACUCCCACACAGAUGACGUUCAUAUUCAUGCAACCGAAGCUAUCAUACACGAGUAAUCUCUUCCUGCUACCGUUCAGGUCCACCGUGUGGUUCAGUCUUCUGGCGCUUGUCUUCUUGAUGUUCCUGGCUUUACUGGCUGUUGCUAAGUGGGAGUGGGCGCGGGCUAAGGGUGGUAUAGAACCGAUGGAAAGUGCACAGAUCUUGAGAGGCAACAUUCAGGACGUAGCAAUAGUGAUAUUCGGAGCAGCUUGCCAACAAGGAAGCCCCGUUGAACUAAAAGGUGCUCUAGGGCGGAGUGUGAUGCUGAUAUUAUUCCUGACGCUGAUGUUUCUGUACGUCUCCUACUCGGCCAGUAUCGUGGCGCUCCUUCAAUCCAGCUCUUCACAGAUUCGCACCCUGGACGAUCUCCUAAAUUCCAGGAUGAAAGUCGGAGUCCAUGACACCGUAUACGGAAGAUAUUAUUUCAUGACGGCAACCGAUCCAAUACGUCAAGCUCUAUACAAAAAGAAAAUUGCUCCACCGGGCACCAAACCGCGAUUUAUGACGAUUGAAGAAGGAGUCAAGAGGAUGCAACAGGGCUUAUUUGCUUUUCACAUGGAAAAAGGUCCUGGCUAUAAGAUAGUAAACAAAUACUUUAAAGAAGGGGAAAAAUGUGAUUUGUGGGAGAUAAAUUGCUUUUUCCUUUUGGACCCGUGGCGUCCGGUGAGGAAAAACACACCUUACAAGGAAAUGUUUAAGAUCGGGGAAAAACGUAUUCAUGAGCACGGCCUCCAGAACCGAGAGAAUCUGCGUCUCUAUACCCAGAAACCGAAGUGCACGGGCCGGGAAUCGAACUUCGUCUCCGUCGGUAUAGUGGACUGCUACCCUGCCCUACUAGUGUGGACAUACGGCGUGAUCAUUGCUGUAUUCUUCUUGAUCAUCGAGAUUCUCCUGAACAAACGGCAACGACUUAUUAAGGCUUGUUGUGGAGAGCACUGAGAUAUUUCACAG